AUGUCAGUGUGGGCAGGUAAUAUUGGAGAUGUACAGAAUGAUCAAUUGAUCAAGCAGAUUCUCACCCAGUAUCACCGCGAUGGUAUCAUGGAUAGGAAAAAGAUCAGUUGUCUUCUCAAAGCGGAACAUGGUGUUACUAUGAGCGAAGCGACUGUUGCUCGAUGUUGGCAACAAUUUGGACUUCUCGGAAGUGCCCAGUCAACUCACUCGCUGCCUGGUCCAACUAAGCGACAGCUGGUGCUCAACCAGCUUGCCCAAGAUCCACUCCACUGUCGUGGGCCACGUUUGGUUUGCGAAGCCAUCAUGGCUGACACGGGACAUCUACUGACGAGGCAAUAUGUGACGGACAAAAUGAGGUACCACAAGCCUGAUGGAUUUACCCAAUGGGAACCUUUGAAAAAGAAGGUGUCUCGACAGCCAUUAGUCUCGCUUGGCCCUCAUCACCAAUGGAGUGGUGAUGGGCACAAUAAACUAAGCAAGAUAGGUUUUCCGAUAUGGGCAAUCCGUGACCAAUGGUCCAGAAAGUGGCUUGGAAUGUGGGUGGUUCCAAAUAAUCGCCUUAGGACCUCCAUUGCCUACCUCUAUUUGUCUCUCAUCUACGAAACUGGUGGAAUGCCACUGCAAAUGACGACCAAUUGCGGAAGUGAGACGACCAAAGUCUAUGGUUUCACAACUGCUCUAAGUGUUCACAAUAUCACAAUCAAAUGUGGCUGGCUUCAUGUGCGGCUCCAGUGGGGAGAUAAUGUCAAGGUCUUUUGGGAAGCAGGUGAAGAAAUCUACAAUGAGAUCCAUGACAAUAGUAUGGCGACAUAUGACUUUUUUUUUUUACUUUGGUUGUGGCCACAGUUGAUCCAGCAAGAACUUGAUAAACUUAAACACCGCCUCAACACUCAUACUGUCCGGUUCGAUUGGAAUAAAAUAUUACCAUCAGGUGUCUCAUCAAACAUUGCUAUGGCUCUUUACAAAGACUACGAUGCGGAGGAUUGUCUGCAGUAUGUGGAUCGGGAUGUUGUCAAGAAUCUAAUGGUGGAGAUUGGUGGCAAAGACCUUGUUCGUUUUGUCAACACUGAGUAUAGUGCCCAUGCGCAGUUGAUUUUCGAUGACCUUGGAUUCAAGGACUUAACUUUCCAGAAUGUUUGGCCGAUUUUUUCUGUGAUGCUACCAUUAAUGUAG